AUGGCUCCUCCCGCCGCGGAAAGCGCGUCCCCAAUUGGUAUUGCCAAUUUACCAAACCAGCGACACAAGAUUGUCGCAAAGAGAGGAGCUGCUUUCACUAUUAUGGUUGCUGGCGAAUCUGGACUUGGAAAAACUACCUUCAUCAACACCCUCUUCUCCACCACGAUCAAGAACUACGCAGAUCACAAGCGCAGACAUGCGAAACAAGUAGACAAAACUGUUGAGAUCGAAAUUACCAAAGCUGAGCUGGAGGAGAAAUUCUUCAAAGUCCGCCUCACCGUUAUUGAUACCCCAGGUUUUGGAGACUAUGUCAACAACCGCGACUCAUGGAUGCCAAUUAUCGAGUUCUUAGACGAUCAGCAUGAGUCAUAUAUGUUGCAAGAGCAGCAACCGCGCCGUGUUGACAAAAUCGAUCUUCGUGUUCACGCAUGCCUGUACUUUAUUAGACCUACCGGACACACGUUGAAGCCAUUAGAUAUUGAGGUCAUGAAGAGAUUGAGCUCCAGAGUGAACUUGAUUCCAGUUGUUGCAAAGGCAGAUACCCUCAGUCCAGCGGACCUGGCCAGAUUCAAGCAAAGAAUCCGAGCUGUCAUCGAGGCACAAGGUAUCAAGAUUUAUACACCACCAGUCGAGGAAGACGAUGAAGCUGCUGCACAACACGCGCGCCUUUUGACAACUGCUAUGCCAUUUGCUGUUAUUGGCUCUGAGAAGGAUGUUAAGACUAGCGAUGGGCGUAUCGUCAAGGGUCGUCAAUACUCCUGGGGUGUAGCCGAAGUUGAAAACGAGGACCACUGCGAUUUCAAGAAACUCCGAUCCAUCCUCAUCCGAACACACAUGCUCGACCUCAUCCACACCACCGAAGAAGCACACUACGAGGCCUACCGCGCCCAGCAGAUGGAAACCCGUAAAUUCGGCGAGGCACGCCCAAGAAAACUCGACAACCCCAAAUUCAAAGAAGAGGAGGAGAGUCUCCGAAAGCGCUUCACCGAGCAAGUCAAGAUCGAAGAGCACCGAUUCAGACAGUGGGAGCAGAAACUCAUCAGCGAACGUGACCGCCUGAACAAGGAUCUGGAGAGCACCCACGCGGCCAUCAAAUCCCUGGAGCAGGAGCUCGAAGGCAUGCAGGGAAGCGCAGCAGCACGAAGCCACGGUCGUCGUUAA